UCAAGGAGCCAAGUUCCCCUACCGAGAUCAUGUGACGCCUUGGAUGAAGAUCAUGGGACAGUGGAAGGAGGAACGAAGAGCAGGAGGCUCAGCAUUUCAGGAAAACAACCCAUCCAGGAAAGGGAGCUUCUCUUUUUUCCUGUUUAUAUCUCUUUUUAAAGCUAAUUAUCUGUUUCUGGUUCUCAAAUUCAGAAGCUGUUUGCCUAGCACAAUUUUAGAUACCCAGAAGCAGUCCACCAAAUACAUGCCUCCAGUACAACUUGAGGGCUCACUAGCUUAAUUAAUUAAUAGUAGUUAAUACAUGCUUUCAAAUCCUUUUAUUAAAAGGGCCACCUAAAUGCAAAGUACCAUUAUCAUCAAACUUAAUGAGGUUGGUGGUUUAAAGAGAGGGCUUUCAAGCAUAUAUAAAGCUCCUCCCAGAGCGGUGGUACAGGGUGAAGGUAAGCAGAGGCAGAGUCUGCGGAGCUGGUGUUUAAAAGCUCCUCCCGGCAGGAGAACCACGUUGCAGUUAGCUCGGGUUGAAGCCAGGUGCUUGGAGAUUUACCGACUAAUGGAUUCUCAAACUUAAGCCUAUGUUAUAGAACAAAGGCCACUGCUUUGAAAAAUCCUAACAGGCUGCUGCUGAAUUUGGAAGAUCUUCUCCAACAGAGAGGGGGGAUUUGCUCUGCAAGGUUGCAAACCAGGUGCUGUAGGAUAAGACUCACCAACAUGCUAUCUGUUGUCCUGUUUGGGGGACUUUUCGCCCUCAUUGGCACUUCCAGGGGCUCACAGUCCUUCACUUACUCCAUGAACUCUCGCCUGCAUCCCCGCCUGUACCAUGGCUGCUAUGGUGACAUCAUGACCAUGGAGACCUCUGGUGCAGCCUGUGACAUCAACAGGUUGAUAUCCUGCGGCAUCCACGGUUCUGAAAUGUUUGCUGAGAUGGAUCUGAGGGCCUUGAAGCCUUACCGAACGCUGAUCAAAGAAGUCGGGCUGAGGCACUGUGUGGACCCAGCUCUCAUUGCUGCCAUCAUCUCCAGAGAAAGCCAUGGGGGCACCAUCCUGCUAGAUGGCUGGGACCACAGAGGACUUAAAUUUGGCUUGAUGCAGCUCGAUAAAAAAAUUCAUCACCCGGUUGGUACCUGGGACAGCAAAGAACACCUUUUGCAGGCUGUUGGGAUUCUAACAGACAGAAUUAAGGCAAUCCAGAAAAAAUUUCCCACGUGGAGUGUGACUCAACACCUCAAAGGUAGGCUUCAAGGGGCAGCAGUGGGCCUGGGAGGGGCCCUAGUGCUCUCUGAAGCACGAGUUCCUUGGGGUGGUUUUCCUUCUCGCCUUCCAAUCCCCUUCUGCCAGAAGGUUGGGUUCUCAUUACAUCUCUUAUUGGUUAUUGAGCCACUGAGUGAUGCCUUGUAAGUUAGUGCAAUAGUUUAAAAGAAUAUGUUUGCCUUCCUCUGAUAGGUUGUUUCCCUGGUGCAAGAAGCUGUUACCCACUUUCAGUAUUAUUUGAACAAAUGUUCACUCUGUGAACAUUCUCAGUGACAUCAGGGCUUUAGGUACCAUGCUAUCUAUGUCCAAUGCAAGAGCUCUGCUUAGCUGAUCACAGACCCGGCUCAGGCUCAGCAUCUCACCAGGAUCCCACUAUAAAUUUUCUUUUUCUUCUGUAUUUUUUGUCUCAAGAAAGGUGCCAUAAUAUAUCCAUUCAUCUUAGCCAGAGAAACCAGAUUGUUUUCUUAGGCUUUCUGGUUCCUUCUCCCUUCACAUCCAACCACAGCAAUUUGUACUAAAUCUGUCUCCUAUAGAUCCAUGUAUGUAAAUAACACGUUCCUUCCAUCUUUAAUGGUCUUAAUUUAAAGUAAAUGGUUACUGUUUUCUAUUUCAAGGUCCUUGAAGGCAGGGAACAGGACCAGGGGUCUUUUUCUCUAGACAUCCAAGCAGAGCAUAAUUAUGUUAAACACAUGUGUGACUAUGGAAGAUUAACCUUCUAUUAGGGUAUAACAGACACUUGCACACUCAUGCAUAUUACACACAUACAUCUAAAAAGGAAUGAGUGUGUUUUGGGAGUUGCGCACUGUGCACUCAGCAUGGCACCCAUCCUGAUACAGAAUAGGUGAGAAUUUACUGAAUGAAUGAAUGAGUGAAUAAAUAAAUGAGGGCAUUAUUGAAUGACUGAGAGAAUGUUACAAGCAUUCUCAGACUGAAGACUUGCUGAGGAUCUAGUUUUGCCAGGCCUGCACUCCAUAAGGAGCAAAUCUGCUUUUUUUUUUUUGCAUUAGGAGAAACAAGUCUUUAAUAAAAAGAGAGAGAGAAGGGGAGCAAUCUGGAACGUUUUCAGUGAUUCCUCAGGUUGUGGCUCCUUUGAGGAGGGAGGAAAGGGAAAGAGGAUCUGGCUGUCUGCUUUGGGAGAUGUGCCUGGACAGCCGAUGUCCUAGGAAUGCUCAUGUCUUAUUUCUGAUGAAAGUUAACUAUUUCAAUCUGAACCUCUGGUUUCAUUUCAGGUGGUCUCUCAGCCUUCAAAUUGGGAACUGAAUCCAUUGCCAGCCUCACGGACAUAGAGGAUGACCUCGUCAAUGAUAUUUUAGCCCGAGCUAAAUUCUAUAAGAGACAUGGCUUCUAGGCUCCGUGGUGGGCCAGGCUGCCAGGGGCGCAGAGGCCCCACUUUCAGGGUGUGAUGUGGAUGUGUUAUCCCCAAUGCUGGCAAAGGAAUGGUUGCAAUUAUGACAGGAAAUUCAUCUCUCACUUUCUUAGUGUAAAUGAGCAUUAAAAAAGGAAAAUCCACCCAGUUCA